CUGAUAUCCCCUCAACACCUCACGAACUCGACCCUUAAGAAAGCUCCCUCUGAGCUUCUCAAUUCUCGCACACGAAACCACUUUUUAGCUGUUUACCCCUCGUCAGCUACCACCGUCACCAUGACGCUCUACUACACUCUCGUCUUUAUGCUUCUCGUCUUCGAGAUGGGCAUGUUCGUGCUCUUGAUCUUCCCCAUGCCCUUCGGCGUCAGGCGAAAGAUCUUCACCUUUAUUUCCGAGAACCCCGUCGUCGCCAAGAUUCAGUAUUGGAUGAAGAUUACCUUCAUCUUUAUAUUGAUCCUCUUUGUUGACAGCGUGAACCGUGUCUACCGUGUCCAGCUCGAGCUCGCCGCUGCCUCUGAACAGGCUAAGCAUGGUGGAGGUGCUGCCGUUAUGGGUCACGAGCGUCUCGAAGUCCAGGCCCGCAAGUUCUACUCGCAACGCAACAUGUACCUUUGCGGCUUCACCCUCUUCCUUUCGCUCAUCCUUAACCGUACCUACGUUAUGAUCAUCGAGGUGAUGCGUCUCGAGGACAAGGUCCGCUCUUACGAGGGUACCAAGGACAACACUAAGGAGGCUGAGAAGCUUGCUGCCGCCGGUAAGCCCGGUGAGCUCGCCCGUCUCCGAAAGGAGCUCGAGCUUAAGGAACAGGACCUCAAGACCCUCAAGAAGCAAAGCGAACAGCUCCACAAGAGCUACGACGAGCUCAGCGACAAGUACGCUGCUACUCAGCAGACCGGUGAGGGCAGGAAGGGCAUCUAAGAAGUGUACCACGAUACGCUAUUACUACUAAAAGAUACCCGCCCACUCAGUAAAUGUCGACAGCUUAUUGUCAGCUUGACUGGGUUGAGAGUUAUGGAUGAUGUCUGUGCCUGUCAGGGUGCUCACAAAGAACAGAAUCCCCCACCAAAAGAAGUGGAAGAUGUAAAAUAACGGGUAUAUCGGUUUCGAGGUCAAGCACAGGCGCAAAGCUGGCAAUCGGACGUGUAUAGGAUGAUCAACCAUUUGAGAUUGUAUUCGAAUUUUCAUAUUUAUAGAACUGUGAUGUUGGAUCGGCCGUCAUGGUGUUCUCAGUCACCAGGGUCUGGCGUAUGCAAAACCUCACUAUUCAGACCAUAUUUCUUUGGCUACCUCUAUAAGUGAUGCGAGUAUGUCAAUCCAAAUGAAUUAUCAUUACUACUA